AUGCGACAAAAAGGUGUCAUUGCCAUGGGUAAUACAGAAUUAAACGAUUCUAGAAAGAAAUUAUUUUUAAUCACAGAAACACCCUAUGGUGGCGAUGUUUCGAGUGGUGAUGAGGCAGAGCCAUCUGAACAGCCCCGUAAUGACAUUGAAAUUGUGUAUGAGUAUGCCCAAGAUAGAGAAAGCAUGGAUGAGGAUGUUAUAGAAGAAGACCUCUCGGUGAGAGCACUAACCUCUUCUGAGGUAUCUGAGAAGUACAAUCAGUUGAUGGAUAUGCGUCUGGAGAUUGCUGACUUCACUAAAAAACGGCUAGCUCAAGAAUUAGAUCAUUCGAAGGAUAAACAUAAGAAAGAUAUGGAACUGCUGGAUCUGCAAGUUUUAGUAGAAAAGGAAAGGUUGAAUAAGCUUAAACGACCUGAUUAUUAA